ACUACCAUCGUGUAGCGACAGUACCCGGAAGUUCUCCCCCUAUUAGAAAUUAUCUGGUUGAACUUGUCUCAACUUCCUACCACAAGCAAAGCGAAGCAACAGAACCACAAUUCACAAAGUGAAUGGAAAGCGUCUUCGUUGAAGCCUCCAACAUGUUCCAGUGAACUGUGACCUCCCCUUCUGUGGUGGAGAGGGUCCAGCCAAUUCUGUGGCCAGCAGAGAUCGAAAAGGACACGAUGUCAACUGAAGUAAUGGAGUGUGCUUUGAAGACUGCACCAGAUGAUGAGGAGGCCUCUGAUAAUAGUGCUACUGUGGAGGUGUCUGUGACCAAGGAAGAAAGUGAAACUCCUCGGAAGAAGAUGAAAAAGCCAAAAAAGCACAAAAGUAAGAAGAAGAGGAAGAAGCGCAAGAGUGAGAAAGAGAGCAGCUCUGAAUCUGGGGAAUCUGACAGUGGAAUGCAAACGAGAGCCAGUGCGAAGAAGGUUGAACGUGUCUUCACAUCAAAGGGAGGCGAGCAAAUUCAAAUAAAAGAUGAAACAACAGGAAACUCCAUAGCAGACUUGCAUGGGGGUGAUGGCAAUGGGAAGGCCAAAAAACCCAAACGACAUACCGGGAAAAAGAAGAGGAGGGGUAGGAAAAAAGACGAUGAAAAACAAGACAGAAAAUCCCCCUCUCAUUCACAGUCAGAAAGCAGUGCUGCUUCGGGGUCCGAAUCGGAAUCAGAAUCUAAACAGUUGUUGGCUACUGACAACACGGACCAAAAGACUGCCAUGGAUUCUUCUGAGGUACUUUCGAAAGGCCGGAUUAAGCCUCAUCUUGAAGAAACAGUUGAUGCUAAAACUAUUAAGUCAGAACCUUCUGUUGAAAAAACUAAAGCGGUCCAGUGUGAUGGCGAUGGAUUGCAUGAGAAUUUGGCAAAAGGAGAGGACCACUGUGAAACCACUGUGAAGGCGGUGCAAUGCUUCGGUGAAAAUGGGAACUUUAGCAAAGUGCAGGACCUGCCUGAUAUAAUUCCCAAACAAGAAAAUCUUCAGAAGGAGGAUGCUACGUCAUGUUCAAAGGAAACAAAUGGAGAUCAGACAGGAAAGAGUGGUCUGUGUCCAGCGGAAAGUCCCUCUCCCUCGCGAUCUCGGUCAAGAUCUUUCUCGGACACCAAAAGGGUGAAAACAAGCCCAAGUUGCUCGCCAAGCCCUCGCCGUCCUCUUGCUAAGUCAGCUGCUCGAAAGCAACGGUCUUCCUCCAGGGCUAGGUCUACAUCAGGCCCCAGGAGGAGAGCUAGUCAGAAAAGGAAACCUUCAAGGUCACCAUCACCAAAACGUAGGUCGAGGUCCAGAUCAGUCAAGCGGUCAGGACGGAGGUCUAGGUCCCUUUCUACUAAGAUAAACCGCCACUCUGUCUCCAGAUCAGGCAACAGAAAGAGAAAGUCUAGAACCAGGUCACCAAGGCAUGGCAGGCGAACAAGAUCAAAGUCCAUUGGGCGUAUGCGUCGGUCAAGAUCCAGGCAAUCUUUGUCACGUAGAAGGAAUCCCAGAUCCAGGACAAGGUCACGCUCUCUAAGGAGAGGCAGAAUCUCAAGAUCUCCUUCACGCACACGCAAGAGGACACCAGUAUCCCGGUCUAGGAGGUCACGUUCUAGGUCAGUUCGGAGAAACAGGCGGACACGAUCAAGAUCUGUUGUUGUUCUGCGGCGGUCUAAGUCUGACUUAAGGAGAGCCAAGAGAUCUACGUCACGGUCCACCCGUAAAAACAGGUCGAGUUCCAGAACACCAAGGCGACUAACUAAAUCUCGCUCGAAGUCCCCAGCAAGACGAAUGAUAUCAAAAUCUAGGUCCCCACAGAGGACUCGUUCUGAGUCUAAAUCUCCCAAACACAACAAACGAUCAAAAUCCAGAUCCACGUCAGGUCCUAAGCAUUCAAGGUCCAGAUCACCUGUGGCAAGCAGCAGACGACUUAAAACUGCCAAAAGGAGAGAGCAUUCAAGAUCAAAUUCUCCAAACAGAGACAAAUCAAUAUCUAGAUCUGUCUCAGGUGGCAGGAGGUCCACAUCUAGGAGUCUUUCUCCAACUGAAGGGCACUCGAAAACACGUUCCCUCUCUAAAGAUGAGAAAUCGACUAAAACUCAAAAGCUGAAGCAUAUAAUGAAAAAAGAUGAUGGAUCCCCCUCACAUGGAACUACAGGCAGUAGUUCUGAUAACGAGGACAUAGUAGUAUCUCCUGCAGGACCAUGGAAAAAGGUUCCGAUGGCUGAAAAGAGUCAGUUCAAGUCAGGUACUGAAAGUACGUCUCAAAAGACUUCUAGGAGGAGCCUCUCGGGGGGUUCAUCAGAUGAGCAGGAAAUGGCAGCAUCUGAAGUUGAGCAGAAGCGAGAUGACUCUAAAAACCCAACUACUGUACCAUGUGAUGGAGACAAACAAUCUACCUCACAUUUAUCUUCACCUGAAAAGGCAUCAUCUCUGGCCACUUCCAAGGGACACCAUGAUCUCUCUAAGUCAAACAGGAAGGAAGACCUUGACCGUGAUGGAUCCGACCAUUCAAGAGCGUCUUCACCGGGUAGCACCAAACAUGAAGAAACUAAAUCAUCCAGCAAAAUAAGAACAAGCUUGUUGAAAUUAAGACGGUUGUCAACAUCACUAUCGCCUGCAAGGAAAAAGCAUUCAGAAUCUAGGUCUCCCUCCAUAAGAAGAAAAAUCUCAAAAUCAAAGUCCCCUGCACGGAAAAAACGCUCCAGAUCGAGAUCAUCCAGCCGAAGAAGACAUUCAAAAUCGAAAUCUCCAAUUAGACGAAGAAGAUCAAGGUCUAGGUCCCAAGCACAGAAAAGAAAGUCAAGGUCCCCAUCUCGUGGAAGAAGAAAAAGAUCCAAAACAAAGUCUCCGGUGAGAAGGAGAAGAUCAAGGUCAACUGCACGAAGGAGAAAAUCGUGGUCCAAGUCUCGUACUCGUGCAAAGCGUUCUAAGUCUAGAUCACCAAAAAGAAGACGAUCAAAAUCACGAUCUCCAGUCAGAAAGAGACGUUCAAAGUCACGAUCACCAGCUAGAAGGAAGAGCUCAAAAUCCAGAAAUGACAGUAAGCGCUCCAAGUCUCGUUCCCUUGGCAGGAAGAGGAGGUCUCGCUCCCGAUCCAUAACACGGAACCGGCGAUCUCGCUCAAGGAGGUCUCGCUCCGGUUCUCGUCACCGGAGGCCAGCUUUCCGAAGUCGCUCCUUUGAUCGGCGAGACAGAUGGAAACGUGAACCAAGCCACUCUCCCAUCCUAAUACUUCGAAAAAGGAGAUCCACCUCCCGAGCUCGCCGGAGCAACAGCAAAACACCACCUCGCCUCACUGAUCUUGACAAGGACCAGUUACUGGAGAUAGCAAAAGCUAAUGCUGCUGCUAUGUGUGCUAAGGCAGGAGUGCCCAUCCCUGAGAGUUUGAAACCUAAAGCUAUUCUUCAACUGCCUCUUCCAACCCCAACUCCUCAACCUCUGUCAUUACCCUUGCCUCUACCCAUGAAUCUGCCAAUGAGUCUGCCCAUGGGUAUGCCAGGGAUGCCCAACAUGCCCAUGAAUGCUGCCAUGGCCAGUAUGACUGCAGCUACAAUGACGGCAGCCCUUUCCAACAUGGGUGCAUUGGCAGCUAUGCCCCCCAUGCCACCACUUCCCACCAUUACCAACAAACCACCUCCUGUGCCCACACCAAAUCUUGCCAAUAUUGCGGAAGUGAAGAGAAAGGUGACACAGCAGGCCAACAGCUUCAGCAUCAAGGAACUCACAGAGAAAUGCAAGCAAAUAGCAGCAUGCAAGGAGGAGAUGGCCAUAGCCGAGCCCCACGUGUCUGAUGAUGAGUGAUGGGAAACAGUAACCUUUUCUCCAGUCCCAUCCAACUUUUGCCAUACCUCCUAACCACUUUUCUGCCCCUUGAUGCGACUUCGUUUGAUGGAUUUGGUGAUUGCCUUUGUAGACAAUGCUCAGAUGAAAUAAUUUCAGUGGAUCUUCAGAAAGUGGAACCUGACUGACCACAAUUUUUGGGGCCAGCAGUGAUCAACAGAUCUAAAACGGCAGGUUUUCAUAAUGCCUCUGGGGAAAAUGGGAGUAUUUCUGCAAGAGAGUACAUCUUAACAUGAAUAGGAAAAAUUUCUGAACAUGUCCUGUCAUGCUGUUGUCAGGAGACACUUUGUGAUGCAAAACAUUGCCCUUUCAGGAUCUCCAAUUUUGUAUAAUUACGAGUGUUUACUUGAAGGAACUUAUCGCAUAUUCCCCUACAUGACAUUUUACACAUAUAUUAACUGCCCCUUUGAUUGUAGUGCAAACCUGUCUUUAAGACUGGGGAUAAGUGAUACAAAUGUUGUAAACUUGUAAGGUUUUAACCUUUUUUAAUUUUUGUGUUAAUUUCUCAUGGAUAGUAAAUUGUGGUCCUGGUUAAUACGGCCCAUAGCUCAUUAAACCAUCUCUACUGUAAUAUUCUGCCAUGUUUGGUUGUACUGGUAUAAAGACGAGAAGGCGGAAGAUGGAACCUCAUUAUUUUUCCGUUGUAAUUUACAGAUAUCUUGUAUUUAAUUGAAUUUGCUUGGUUGCAGAACUUGCUCUGGUGUUACUGGGGAACUGUGCUUGCUCUACUAGAAACAUCUUUUGAAUCCUUUUUCGUGCAGGCAGUUUAAUUAAAAGGCAGUUUCACAAGUGGUUAUUUGUGGUGUUGGAGGAUAUUUCACUUUUUUCUUUUCAUCCUGGACAUGCAGUGGGACCUUUUUGAAUGAUUCAGAUUCUGCUUUUUUCUGUGGUUGACAAAGUUAUACUUUUAAGUUUCAAGUGAGUGAUGUGAUGGAAAACUAUCCACCAAGGCAUAGUAUCAUCCAAGUAUGAAAUUGCUGGUUUGGCAUUUUGGUGAGAAGUGACAAUCAGACCGCCAUGUUGUAAAUAUGGCCAAAGAGGGCUGAAGCUAAGAAGGAUGAAACUGAUGUUAUUGACACCUGAACUGUAAUUUGUGCUGUGCUGGUGUUCAUUUCUGUGCGUUUUGUGUUUUGUCGUCUUAAUGCGUAGAAAAAGAACAAUUAGCAAAGGCUCACGAACAGUGCCCGUUUCAAAGGGAUACUUUUUUUUCUUUUCCUUUGUAAAUGAGUGACAUCCUCAGAAUGUAGUUACCAUUUUCACCCUGUUUAACUGCACCCUACACUACGUCUCCCCACACAAAUCUAUACAUAGAUGAGGUUAUUGUAUUGCGGUAUGGUCUAUGGUGUUUAUACAGAAUAAAGAAGAGAAGCCAGCUGUUUUCCCCUUACACAGCCUAUAUACACAGACUUCUAGUCGUUGACUGCUUGGUAGCAGAAGUUACCAUGUACACAAUUGAAGUAAAAUAAUCAACCAGGUAUGUUUUGAUAACAGAGCAGGGAAUUUUAUUUUGGGCAGUUUUUUAUGGUUAUUAUUAAUUCACAUUGCUGGCUUGAGACUAGGGCCAAGAAUGGUGGUGAUAUUCAGAACACACUGUUGAUCAGAGUAUCGGCCUGUAUGCCCAAAGUAGUAAAUCUAUAUUGCAUUGUAGAGUUUAAAAAAUUUGCUCUGAACCUCAGUUAUUCACCCAUAGCCCCUUGGCAUUUUAAAACCACAUUUCAGUUUUUGCAGAGAAACUAGAGACUAGAGAAUUAAUUUGCUUGCUUUGUAUACAAUGCCAUGUUGAUUAUUAAAUGAAACCACUAAAACCA